UACCGAUCGGCGCAGCCCUCGCAGUCGGCCUACUUGUCGGCGUUGGCGGCGUUCGGGCCCAUGUCUGGCCUCUUCGGAAAGAUGCCGACGCAAGUGCCGCCGCCCCUGUCGGCCGGGGGCUCGCCCUUCAUCACGGCCGAGGACGUGCUGGCGUCGCACUCCAUCGGCGCACCCCCUGUGCGGCCCUUCGAGCCCGAGGACGACGGCGUCGAAGACGACCCUAAAGUCAUUCUCGAGUCGAAAGAUCUUUGGGAAAAAUUUCACGCUCUCGGGACCGAAAUGGUUAUCACCAAAUCUGGACGACGAAUGUUCCCAUCAUUUCGCAUACGUGUGUCUGGUUUGGACAAAAAGGCCAAAUACAUAAUGCUUAUGGAUAUCGUGGCCGCCGACGACUGUCGCUACAAGUUUCAUAACUCGCGAUGGGUGAUGGCCGGUAAGGCGGACCCCGAGAUGCCCAAACGCAUGUACAUCCACCCGGACAGCCCCAGCACCGGCGAGCAGUGGAUGCAAAAAGUGGUCUCAUUUCACAAACUCAAACUCACUAACAAUAUCGCCGACAAACAUGGCUUUGUGAGUAUCAAUAUUCCAACAAUACUGAACUCGAUGCACAAGUACCAGCCCCGAUUUCAUCUAGUCAGAGCCAAUGACCUCCUGAAACUGCCAUACAGUACGUUCCGAACCUAUGUCUUCAAAGAGACCGAGUUCAUUGCGGUGACCGCAUAUCAAAAUGAAAAAAUUACUAGAUUAAAGAUAGAUAACAAUCCAUUCGCCAAAGGCUUUCGGGAAACAGGAGCCGGAAAGAGAGAGAAAAAACAAAUAGUGAUUGGGAUGAAUAACAGUCGAUCUCUGGCUUACGAAAGUGAUAACGACUUGAAGAAUAUGACGUCAGGAAUGUUAGACAAACUGAAGGAAAGCGAUAAGACAUCCGCUUUGGACUAUUCCGAUGACGACGAAGAGCGGGUCGACAUCGACGACGAGAUGCCUGUUAUCCGCAAAACGCCGGACAGAACUUCUGCGGACAAAGGAGAAGAAGUGAUGGCAAGUAUUGAUGGAAAGGAUGGAGAAGUGAGCAAAAGUGUGACCAACAAUAGCAACGACCGCUGCAAUGAUUAUCACCCGUCGGACCUGAACUAUAGCAACGCAUUCAAUAGUAGUCUUCUGUAUGGUCUGCCGCCAGUCAUUCCUCGCCUAUACUCGACUCCCGGCGCACCACUUCAUGGCACUAAUGCUUCCGCCGAAGAGGCAGCCGCUAUGGCACGACUGUCCGCCGGGUUGGGGGCCAUGUCUGGUUGGCCCCCAUUCCUGGCGCCCCACCAUCAGGGCUCGGCCUCCCAGUGUGCGCCCAACACGUUUGGAUGCGGUUCGUCACCGUUCGCACCGACCAACAUGUCGUUCCCCUUCUUCGCCGCCUCGUCGCUGGGCUUUCAUCCGUUAGACUUCUCGUCAAUGAGACUUCCGAUGAGCGGGUCGUUACCCAUGAGUGACUUUGACCUCAAGGGUCUGGACCCGCGAGCUGUGCUCAGUGCCUAUAUCGGAGACCUCGCUAACGCGCGACUCAUGAACCCCGAGCCGACAGUGCCUUUGACGCCACCCAACAACGCCGCCAACGAGUCAUCGUCCGUACGCUCUGUGUGUGAGUCGUCGCCAGUGGGCGGCGGCGGUGCGGGUCGAGUGAUGGCCGACAGUCUGCAGGAGAGUCGCGAUAUGUUGGCCGCACUCAACAGCGCGAACCAGCGCUUUAAGGCAGUGAGUGGUGCCCAACAAGCACUCGGACACCGCUUCUUCCCCUACAACGUCAGACCAUUUCUACUCAAUGCUCAACAGUCUGUCCAACAACACAGGCAUUCGCUGACGUCGCCCAUCGACAAGUUGACGGACAAGAAGGUCGGCCAAAACGGACAGAACGGCCAAACAGUGUCUCCAAACCAGUCUCCGCUCAGCAAUAAUUCCAAUGAAAGUCAUUUGAGUUCCGGUAAGAACUCGUCGGAAGAGCACUCGCACCGCAUCACGAAUACCGGGUCUCCGAUACCAGAACUCAAGAAUAUUCAGCGAAUGGUGGAGGGGUUGGACACUCGAGGGACCCCCAUCUUUGUUCCUACGACCGUCGCCUCAUAGACACUGGCAUUCAGUGCCGCGCAUAAUAUUAGCUUAAAAUAUUGGUUACGAAUCGCUGAUAAAGUGACUCUCAUUUGCAAUUCAAUGGUCUGCUGGGGUUUCCAUACAAUUCAUACCAAAUACAGACAAUACAUAUGAAUACGACAAUAAAAUGUACAACAAAUGCAGCAAAACAUGUAUUACAAUACGAUAUGACUGUUCUCUCGUAUUAGUGUCUAAUGUCAUUGCGAUCCUCCUUCUUGUCAGUCCAUAUUUCCUCCAAAUAAGCAUUUUUUGAUUGCAAUUCAAUUCAAUUCUUCAUUUCAAUGCUUCUAUUAUUAUGUCUCCCAAUUGGAUGUCGAUGUGGACGGACAGACAUCGCUGACCACUACCGCAGAUAUGCCGUAUAUAUAUAUAUAUACAUUAUAUUUUAAUGUUAUUUACAAACACUAAUUGUAUACAACCAUUAAUUAGACUUAAAAAACAAAACUUCCUUUGAUCGGUUCACUCGUUUAAUUCAAAAAAUAAGAAAUUGUUAUUUUAAUUCUCGAUAUUAUUUCCAAAUGUAAUGUAAAGCCAAAUAUUAAGCUAAAUAUAUUGCUAUUUAGUUAAAUGCAUUGUAUUAUAAAAUAUCUUAAUUUAAUUAAUAUUAUAAUUGAUAUGAGAUUACAUUCAAUUUUAAACCCAAAUGUCUCCAAUAAUUAUUAAUCGCGAAAACUCACGAAUAUUAUCGUAAAUGAAAAAAUAGUUAUAAGUUUUCGUUUUAAAUUAUAAAAUCAAACAUAACUUCCUUUUGUUGUAUAAGUAAUGGAUAAGCGUUUGCACACAUUAUUGCAUAGUUGGGGGUCAUAUCGAGAGAGUGUUAACUAAUAGUGUAAUAAUAGUGUUGCUAUCAGUCGUUAAAUAUACAGAUAGUAUUGGAGAAACACAUACUAUCCAACCAAUUGCUGGCACCGG